AUGGUGUCUUUUGACGUCGUCUCACUCUUCACGUUCAUACCACAGGCCCUUGCGGUCGAAACGCUUGGUGACCUGCUACGUCAAAAUAACGACGGUGAUGAUGGCCAGCCCACAGCUCAAUAUCUCAUAGAAAUCAUGAGGCACUGCCUCAAGACAUUUUUUACGCUCGAGGGGAUCACAUACGGACAAACCAGGGGCACUCCAGUGGGUUCGCCAAUCUCUGGGCUCAUAGCCGAGGCAGUUCUACAAAAAAUCGAGAGACGACUAUUCGAGGAGUUCAAACCCAAGUUUUGGACAUACUACGUUGAUGACACCCUUAAAAUCAUAAAUCAGGAUAAAAUCAACUACUAUGCGGAACUACUGAAUUCAAUCACUCCCGAUCUACAGUUCACAAUGGAAGAGGAAGUGGGGGACAAACUUCCAUUCUUGGAUUUUCUCGUCUGCCGCCAAGCAAACGGCAAAGUAGCGACGUCGGUCUACAGAAAGCCGACGAACACGCUGCAAAUGCUUAGCUGCAACAGCAACCACUCGCUACAACACAAACGAAACUCUGUCCUCACGCUACACCGACGGGUGGAAACUCAUUGCAGCACGCCAGCCGCCGAACUGGACGAGAUCAAGCUCCUCCAAGAACUCUUCGGAGUCAACGGCGAUCCGCGGGCAUUCGUUGAACGGAGCCGAAGGCAGCCAAAGAAACGCAAUGAAGAACAUAGUCAGCCAAACUCGUGGCGGAGCAUUCCGUACAUUAAAGCGGUCUCCGAAGCCGUGGCUAGAUCCCUCGCGCCACUCGGAAUAGGUGCUGCCCACAGGCCUGACUCAACAAUCCGCCGGCUAGUGAUGAGGCCAAAAGAUCCGAUCCCUAAGCAGGAGAUGUCGGCCGUUGUCUACCGACUUCAAUGCAGCUGCGGAAGGUGCAGUUACGUUCGGGAAACCGGCCGAUGGCUACAAACGCGAAUGCACCAGCAUAAGUUGGCCGUGCCAGGGUUGGGUCCGAAGUCGGAGGUCGCAACCCAUGUCGCGCAAAUGGUGCACAACUUCAACUUUGACGCCGUUGAGACUGUGGGCCGGGGCGGUGAUCAUACAGCAAGGCAAGUGCAAGAAGCCUGGAUGUCCACCGACUGCUCUGUCAACCGCCACACCAAUUUGCCUCCCCCAUAUCCGGUUUUGCGGACAUUCUUGACGAGGGACAGUCACGGCGCGGGACAAUCGGAGUCGUCAGUCAUCUCCGCGGUCGGCGUGGGCGAUUCGGGUCACGGUGACGUGCGGGUUGAAUGCAGCUACGCAGGCGGCAUUGGCGGGUCACGCAUUGAACAAAGUGCGCCAUAUAAGGGGAACUGUGCGCAGGACUUUUCAGUCCCUGAAGAUGGGUAG